AUGGAGAUAGAAGGUGAAUGGACGGAAGCAAGACGAAGAAAAUGGAAGAAGAAGUUAUCGACGAACGGCGAUCGACUAUCAUGGAAUCACGGUGGCGUUACAACGAUGUUUGUGUCGAACCUUCCACCGGAGGUCAACAAGAAGUCUCUAGCGAAGAUGUUUGCUAAGUUUGGUGCGGUGGUGGACGUCUAUAUCGCUACAAAGAAGGACGCAAAGAAGAAGUGUUUCGCUUUCGUAAGAUUCAAAAAGGUUGGAGAUGAACAGAGGCUUGAGAAUGCUCUUCAAGGAGUUAAAUAUGGUGGUAGAAUCCUGGAAGUAAACAUUGCGAUGUUUGAAAGAAAACCUGCUGGUGGACAAUCCGAACGCGGGAUUGUUAGAAACCAAUUUCAUAAUCAUAUUCCUCCAGGGGCAAGAUCUAACGGGAGAAUGAAUCAAUCCUAUGCGGCAGUUGUAGCAGGUGAUCAUCACUACACUCGAAUCCCACCACCUCCUCCACAAUUGAAAACUACUCCCGUUAGACUUUCUGAUGACUCCCCACUUAGAGCUUGGAUCAAAGAAUUUCAAUUUGAGAGAAUUGCUUGGAUAAAAAUCGUUGGCCUAUCACCGGAACUAUGGUCGGAGGAAAAUGUCACAGCCAUCGAUGCGACAUAUGGUAAUGGUAAAGUCAUGAAAAUCGGAAUUUCAGAAGUGGAUAUUGAUUGGGUACCAUUCAAAUCUCAUAGAGAUCAACUGGACGAGAACUCAAUAUCAGAGGAUGACGGGACUGAUGAUGAAGAUGUCGACGACGAUGACGGUAUAUCUGAGAUCAUUAUCGCUGAGAAUAAUAACGAAUUGGAGGAAGGAGAGAUUGGUACGAUGGACGCUGAUAGGGUUGGAGAAUCAAAUCGGGAUAAUCGGUCUAACAUGGCCGACAACGAUAGAUCACCGGCAUGGGCUACGUUUCUGGCAGACAAUCCAAUCGACAGAGACGACCGGAGAAGCGAAAGAUACAGACAUGGGGAACAUCCAAAGUCGGAUGAAGAAAUUAAUGCGCAAUUGGAAGUCGAAACCCUUGGAAGUAAAGAUAAUAUCAACGAUACGUCUCACGUCGAUCUAGAAAAAAACUCAUACGUGGCUGAUAAAAUAAAUGAAAGUAUAGGACCGGGUGGAUCGUCUAAUGGUCCACUUAAUAAAAUGGUUUUGUCCGGCUGCUUUGGGCCUUUUCCAAAUACAAUGGAUUGUAAUGAUAUGUUAUCGUGUGAGCUUGAUGUUAACUUCGAUAGUACUCAAGAUAAAAGACGGAGAAUUGAGAGAAACGAAACAGGCACUCCUAUGGAUUCUUCAGAUUUUACUCCGUCUCAUCCUUCACUCGAUUUAAAUAGAAUUCCGAUUCCUACUCUAAUUUCUCUUCCCGAAAUAGAAGUUUAUUAUCCAUCCUCUUCGGCGGCGGAAAUUAGGAACACUGUGGUGGUGGUAAAUAUUUUGGGCUUCAAGAUAGAUGUGGAUAACCCGGUCCUUAAGGAAGCCCUCGACGAGGAUGGUGAGAAUCAAAUCAUGCAAUAA